UGAAGCCGGUGCAGACUGGCUCCCAGGCAGGGGACCAUGAGGACCUUGUUGCUGUUCCUGCUGUGGUGGAAGCUUUCAUUUGGGAACUGGCGCUGGUGUGAACGAACAGUGCAGGUGCGUGAGGAGGAGGUGUUGGCCCCCAGGCUGGAGCAGCAGGUGCCAUGCGCCCGACUGUACCAGUUCAACCUGGAGGGCUGGCGGAUCGACGUGGAGAGAAUGCGGCACGUCCACGGGGGAGACGACGGCAUUGCGCAGUACUACCUGCACAAUGCACCCAAUGCCAUGUGCUACAUACACAAACCCCCGGAGAUGCAAUCCACGGUGCACAAUCGGACAGUGCGAGAGUGCUGUGAGGGAUGGAGUGGGCCGCGCUGCACUGAAGGUGCUGGGGUGAGGGGUCACUGCUACUCCACAUGGAACUGUCAGGAUUUCCUGGGCGUCCACAACACUUCCCUUAUGCCAAUGGAGGAGUGCUGCAGCAGUGGGUGGGGUCACAGCUGGAGGAACGGCUCGGACCAGUCCUGCUUCUCCUGCUCCUACACCUUCAUCACAGAGCCGCGUUCCUCCUCCUCAUUCCUCCUGAAGCCGCACCUGUCCGCUGGGCUGAUCGGGGCCGUGCGAGACUCCAGAGUCUUCUCCACCUGCCUCACCUGGAGCGGCACGCGCUUCCGCAGUUUUGAUGGGCGACACUUCCCCUUCGAGGGCAGCUGCACCUACAACCUGGCCUCCGCGCUGGACGGCACCUGGGCGAUAUACAUCUCCUCCCCUGUCUGCGGAGCCACGGGGGUCUGCAGCAAGGCUCUGAAGAUGAUGUUUGGUCUGGAGCUGGUGACUGUGCAAGGCAGAAACGUCUCCAUUAAUGGAGCGCUCAUCACAGAAGGGCAGCCACUCUUCCAGAACGGUAUCAGUAUUCGCUGGCUGGGAGAUUUCAUCUUCAUCGAGAGCGGCUUGGGAGUUCGAGUAAAGUAUAAUGGAGACAAUAUCAUCUACGUCACUGUGACCGCAGAGCUGAAGGGCACCACAAGGGGGCUCUGUGGAGUUUACAACGAUAACCCCAAUGAUGAUUUCACUACGAUGGGCGGGGCUGUCUCUCAGUUUGCUGCAAGUUUUGGAAAUUCCUGGCGAGUUCCUGACCUACAAACCGAGAGCUGCAAUGACGCUGCCGAGCUGGGACACAGUUGUGACAUCACCAAUGACCCUGCCCUAAGGGUCAGAGCUGAGUCCUUGUGUAAGAGACUGCUGGCGAGUCCGUUCAGUCAGUGUCACUCCAAGGUGGACCCGGCGGGAUACCUGGACACCUGUCAGUACCUGUACUGCAGCCAGGGGGGUGGCGACGGAGAGAGCGCCACCUGUGACACCUUUGCCAGCUACGCCCGCGAGUGCAUCCAGCAGCACGUCAUCAUCGACUGGAGGAAGAACGGCUUCUGUGAGCGACGCUGUGGCCAGGGGCAGGUAUACUCAGACUGCGUCUCCGCCUGCCCCCCGAGCUGCACUGGUGUGCGGACUCCCGAGGCGGGACACUGCCGGGACGAGUGUGUGAGUGGCUGUGAGUGUCCCCCGGGAUCCUACCUGGAAGAGGGGGCCUGCAUCAGCGAGGAGGACUGUCCCUGCUAUCACCGUCGGAGCAAAUACAACCCUGGAGAAACCAUCCGCCAGAAAUGCAAUCAGUGUGUGUGCCAGGGUGGUCGCUGGCUGUGCUCACAGGAGAAGUGUUCAGCCCAGUGCAGCGUGAUCGGGGAUGCGCACUACAUCACCUUUGAUCGCAAGCGCUACUCCUUCCACGGCAUUUGUGACUACACACUCGUCGAGGAUUUUGUUGACCACAAACUAUUGAUAACCAUGGAAAAUGCUGAGUGUGGGAGCAGAGGAGCUGUGAGCUGCUUGAAAGGCAUCUCCAUAACAGUUUAUAAGACUACAGUGAGACUGCGAACUACAGGUGACGUGACAGUGAAUGGCCAGGCGGUGGCUCUGCCGUUUGUGAGUGUAGACCUGGCGGUGAGACGCGCCUCCUCUUCCUUCCUCCUCGUACAGCUGUUUGGAGCACACGUUCUCUGGGGGCUCGAGUUCCCCGCUGCCUACAUCACCCUGCAACCCGGCUACGCCAACAAGGUUCGAGGACUGUGCGGCACGUACAACUGGAACCAGCACGAUGACUUCACCACACCAGAGGGUGACGUUGAACCCAGCACCGCCGCAUUCACCAACAAAUUCAGGACUUCUCUGGACUGCCCCCCCAUCAGCGGCUUGACCUUCGACCCCUGUGGGACCUACGCUCAGCGAAGGCAGUUUGCAGAGGACAUGUGUGCCGUGAUUCACAGCUCUGUGUUUGAGCCAUGCCAUGACUUGGUGGAGCGCGAGCCCUACUACAGGCUAUGUCUGUACGACGUGUGCGGCUGUGCCCCAAGUAAACAGUGUCUGUGUAGCGCCGUCGCUGCCUACGCCAGACAGUGCGCACAGGAGGGGGCUGCUGUCAGCUGGAGGAACAGAACCUUCUGCUCGGUGCAGUGCAGUGGGGGUCAGGUGUUCAGCGAGUGCUCUCGCCCCUGUGAGAGCUCCUGUGCGGACGUGCGGCAGCUCAGCGGGUGUGAGGCGGUGGAGGGCUGCGUGUCCGGCUGUAACUGUCCCGAGGGGCUGGCCCAGGACAGCAGUGGGCAGUGUGUACCGGUCAGCAUGUGUCCUUGUGUCCAGGGGGGCACCAUCUAUCAGCCAGGCAGUACCAUACAGAACAACUGCAAUACCUGUGUGUGUGUGAACGGGCUGUGGAACUGCUCAGAGGACAGCUGUCCAGAUGUCUCGUACUGCCCCGGGAACCUGGUCUACUCAUUCCACUCCUGCUUGAAGACUUGCGACAGCCUGGAGUCCCAGAAUAACUGCUCCGAGGCCUUUGAUGGCUGUGUGUGCCCCGAGGGGACCGUGCUGCUGGGUGACAUGUGUGUCCCACCCUCAGAGUGUCCCUGUCAUCACAACGGCAAGCUGUACUACGAGAAUGACACCAUCAUCAAGGACUGCAACACCUGCGUGUGUCGUGACCGACACUGGCAGUGUGGGAAGUCCCACUGCUCCGGGAGCUGCAUGGCUACGGGAGACCCCCACUACAUCACCUUUGACGGGAGAGCCUUCACCUUCCUGGGGGAUUGCGAGUAUGUCCUGGCACAAGAGAGCGCGGGCCUCUUCACCGUCACCGCAGAGAACGUGCCCUGCGGCACGAGCGGCGUGACCUGCACCAAGUCUGUCAUCGUGACUCUGGGGAACACCAUCAUACACAUGCUGAGGGGGAAAGCGGUGACUGUAAACGGAGUGGCUGUGAGACUUCCCAAGACCUACAGCGGGAGCGGACUGACGCUGGACAGAGCUGGGCUGUUCCUCACCCUCACUGCGAAACUGGGACUCACACUGCUGUGGGAUGGAGGUACCCGGUUGUACAUGAAGCUGGACCCCUCCUUCCAGGGCCGUGUGGGAGGGCUGUGUGGUAAUUUCGACGGGGACACGGAGAACGACUUCACCACGCGCCAGGGGAUCGUGGAGUCCACCUCUGACCUGUUUGGAAACUCGUGGCGGGUCAGCCAGUCCUGUCCCGAGGUUCAUAACUCUGAUCUUCAGCACCCCUGCACUGAACACCCCCACCGGGCCACGUGGGCUCGGAAACGCUGCAGCAUCAUCACACAGGACCUGUUCUCGCCCUGCCACCAGGAGGUGCCCUGUCAGCAGUUCUACGACUGGUGCGUCUUUGAUGCCUGUGGCUGUGACUCAGGAGGGGACUGUGAGUGUCUGUGCACUGCCAUCGCUGCUUACGCAGAGGAGUGCAACAAACGAGGGGUGUACACCCGCUGGAGGUCUCAGGAACUCUGCCCGAUGCAGUGUGACAAUGGCCUGGUUUAUGAAGCCUGUGGCCCUGCCUGCACCCAGACCUGUGAGAGCCUGAGAGGACGGCUUGAUCCACUCUGCAGUGCUCUGUCCUGUGUGGAGGGCUGCUUCUGUUCAGAAGGGACGGUCCUGCACGAGGGCAGCUGUAUCGACCCCGCCCAGUGUCCAUGUGAGUGGGAGGAGACGAUGUUCCCUCCAGGGGCCAUGGUCACCCAGGACUGCCAGAACUGUUCGUGCUCUGCAGGUGCCUGGCUGUGCUCGGGCCAGCCCUGUGUCCCACGGUCCCCUUGCCUGCAGUCAGAGUUCCAGUGUGUCUCGGGGCGCUGUGUCCCGUCUCACUGGGUGUGUGACAACGAGGACGACUGUGGGGACGGCUCGGACGAGGUCUGCACUGCCAGCUGCGGCCCGCAGCAGUUCAGCUGUGACAGCGGGCAGUGUGUGCCCUUGGGGUUCCGCUGUGACGGCCAGCCGGACUGCUCUGACCACUCUGAUGAGGCUCAUUGCCCGCUCACCCCCCUCUGCCCGCACGGGGAGUUCCGCUGUGCCAACGGGAGGUGCAUCUCCCAGACACGCAUGUGUGACGGAGAACUAGACUGCGGAUUUGCAGAUGACUCUGAUGAAGCAGACUGCACCUCGCUGUGUGGCAGCGCAGAGUUCCGGUGCUCGGUGGGCAGGUGCAUCUUGUAUCUGCACCGCUGUGACGGGCACGAUGACUGUGGGGAUCUCAGCGACGAGCGCGGCUGUGUGUGCGCGCCUGGGGAGUUCCAGUGUCCGGACCACCGCUGUCUGAGCCCAGAGAGGGUCUGCGAUGGGCAGAGAGACUGCAGCUCUGGGAUUGACGAGGCUGUCUGUCAGACUGGAGUUAUUGUGACCUGUGCCCCAGGGCAGCUUGUGUGUGGCGAUGGUUCCUGCCUUGGCAGAGAGAAGGCCUGUGACGGAGUGCCAGACUGCCAAGAUGGAGCAGAUGAGAGUGACUCUCACUGCCAUGGCGUUACCACGGAGCCUGUUGCUAUGACUACACCAGGUUCAAUUGGGUCCAUCCCACGCACUGGCCCCAGCACUGGCCCCUGCAGUGAAUACGAGUUCCAGUGCGUUAGUGGGGAGUGUAAGCCGCGGGCCUGGCUGUGUGACAGUGAGGCUGACUGCGUGGACGGCAGUGAUGAGCAGAGUUGUAACCGGACGUGCCGAGCCGAUGAGUACCUGUGCCAAGGCAGCGGGGAGUGUAUCCGUUACGAGCAGCUCUGCGACGGCACCCCACACUGUCGAGACCAUUCGGACGAGAGCUUGGACAACUGCGGUUCCACACAGAUCCCUCCAUGUCCUGGGAGUUUCACCUGCAACAACCGCGUGUGUGUGAACACCUCGCAAGUGUGCAACGGUGUGCCAGACUGCCCCCAGGGAGAGGACGAGUUAGCAUGUGAUGCAGGCACUGUCACUACUGUUUCCCCAGGAACCAAGAACACGUCCACCAGCCUCUGCCCGGAGUAUACCUGCGCUGAUGGCAGCUGCAUCACCUUCAAACAGGUGUGUAAUGGGGUGGCUGAGUGUGCUGGUGAACCCAUGGAUGAGCAGGGCUGUGGGGUGUGGGAGCCAUGGGGCCCUUGGGGUUCCUGCAGUGAGACGUGUGGGACUGGAUCUCAGAGCCGUCAGAGACACUGCAGCCAAGAAACACUGCUAAGACACUGCCGGGGAGAGGAGGCACAGAGACAACAGUGCUUCAACAUGGCUUGUGCUGUGGACGGGGCGUGGUCGCCCUGGACUACAUGGUCUAACUGCACACGGGACUGUAGCGGGGUGGUGAUUCGGCAUCGAGAUUGUAUCCCUCCACAGAACGGGGGCCGCCCGUGCAGCGCCCUGCCAGGAUCCUCUCCCUCAACCAUGGAGAUCAAGCCGUGUCACCUUGAAGGCUGUCCCAACAUCACUUCCUGUCCUGGAGACCUGGCGAUGAGGUCAUGUGCUCCCUGCCCUUUGACCUGCGGAGACCUGGCCAUGGCUGUUUCCUGUGAGAAGGAGAGGAGCUGUUUCUCAGGGUGCUGGUGCCCAGACGGUCUUGUGAUGGACUCUCGGCAGCGCUGUGUCCAGCCAGAGGACUGUCCCUGCGAGGUGGAUGGGGUGCGCUACUGGCCUGGGCAGCUGGUCAAGGUGAACUGCCAGAUCUGCACCUGCCGCAGAGGGAGGGUGGAGCAGUGUCGGCACAACCCUGAGUGCUCAGUGAACUGUGGCUGGUCGUCCUGGUCCUCGUGGGGUGAGUGCCUGGGUCCCUGUGGGGUUCAGAGUGUCCAGUGGUCCUUCCGCAGUCCCAACAACCCCAGCAAGCAUGGCAGCGGUAAGCAGUGCCGGGGCAUCUACCGCAAAGCAAGGAGGUGUCAGACGGAACCGUGUGAGGAGUGCGAGUUCCACGGAGAGGCCCACACUAUCGGGGACCGCUGGAAGCUUGGGCACUGCCAGGUGUGCCAGUGUCUCCCCAACCUGACAGUGCACUGCUCUCACUACUCUGAAUAUAAACUGUUCUUAUCAAUGUGUUUGAAUGUCUCCCUCCCUCUAUAUGUAUGUGUUGUGUUUCAGGGUCGGAUACUGGUUCCGGGAAAUGGAGAUUCUUGCUGUUACUGUGCAGAGAAAGGUGGAAAUGUCACUGGAUCCCCGACAGCAACUCCGGCAGCCUUAACCAUCGGCUCCAUCACCACAUGGUCCCCAGACUCUACAGAACCCCCAGGUGCCACUGGGCCUCCAGUAACCACAUAUCCCCUCAACCCUGGAGAUGAGUGCUACAGGCCGCUGGGGUUGCAGCAUACUCUCCCAGAUAGCAGCUUCACAGCCUCCUCUCAGCAGACGGACAACCCAGCGAGUGCGGGGCGGCUCAAUCACGUCAACCCACACGGGGACCUGCAGGGCUGGGGUCCCCACCCCGAGGAGUACCGCGAGCUGCUGAGUGAACCUCCCUUCCUGCAGAUCGACCUCCUGCAGCCACGCAACAUCACCGGUGUGGUGGUGCAGGGCGGUGGCGCCUUCGAUACCUAUGUCUCCAGCUUCUAUCUGCAGCUCAGUGCCGAUGGGAGGAGGUGGUACACUUACCAGGAGCUGCCUACUGACGCUCGUCCCCGGGCAAAGCUGUUCCAGGGAAACUCUGACGACUCCACGGCCGUUGAGAACAGACUCCAGAGGAUGGUGAGCGCUCACUACGUCCGGAUCCUUCCACACGACUUCCAAAACGGGAUCUACCUGAGGGCUGAGCUUCUUGGCUGUGGAGAGGGUACGGAUGUGUGGUUUUCGACUCCAUCUCCCUCAACGGCAGGGGGGCCCUGUCAGAGCGGAGAGUUCCACUGUCACAAUGACCACUGUGUGAGCGCGGGGCCUGGCGGUGCCGUGUGUAACGGGGUGAAUGACUGCGGGGAUAGCUCUGAUGAACUUUACUGCGGUACCUCUCCGUCCCCUGUAUCCCGAGACCAAUGGGGCUGCCUCAGCUCUCAGUUCCACUGCUCAAACCCAGGGCUCUGCAUCGACUCGAUGCGGCGCUGUGAUGGUAGAGAGGACUGUGCCGAUGGGGCGGAUGAGCUGAGCUGUGUCUCCUCUCAUCUGAGCACCCCAUCAACCAAAAGCACUGACAGACCUGGUGCUGGAGGGAGGACCCCCCAGACCCUCGACGUUCCCAGCAUGGCCCCCGUCACUCUCAGCGCCCAGCCUGGGGGAGGCGCGAUAACCCCCACAGUGACCAUGAGCUCUGGGACUGGAGUGAUACCUGAACCUAAAGGCCCCUGCAACUUUCCCCUUGGACUGGAGGACGGGAGAAUCCGCUACCAGCAGCUGAGCUCCUCGACACAUACGCACAACAACUCCCCCGAUGCAGGCAGGCUCAACAUCGUACCCAACAUCCUGAACAUGGAGCCUGGGUGGAGCCCCUUGCCAGACGACCCUCGCCCCUACUUCCAGGUGGAUUUCCUGCAGCCCACCUUCGUCUCAGGGAUCAUCUCACAGGGAACUGUGCGCGCCAGUGGCUACAUCAGCAAAUAUAGACUGGAGUACAGCCUAGAGGGAAAGGUCUUCCACAACUACACCGAGAGCAGAGAGAGGCCAGAGGAAGCCAAGGUGUUUGUGGUGAAUCUGGACAGCAACAUUCCUGUGAAGAGGACAUUGAAGUGGAUCAUCUUAGUUCGUUUCCUGCGUAUCUUCCCUGUGGAAUACCGGAACAACUUCUUCCUCCGAGUCGAGAUCCUGGGCUGCCCCUGGGAUGUGUCCACAUUGGCCAGUGGUACUGCGACGACCCCAACUGGCGGUCAUGUGACUCCCGGCGGAGGCAGCGGCUCGCAGUCGGAGGUGACGUCACAGCGAGUGAUCGUGACAGGAAGCGGCAUGACCAGGCCGACACGGUGCAUGCUGGGAGAGUUUGAGUGCGGGAGCGGGGAGUGUGUGAACGCCUCGACCGCGCUGUGUGACGGGCAGACUGACUGCAGAGACCACUCUGAUGAGAUGAGAUGUGGUACUGUUGCGCCAUUGACCCCUGCUGGACGGAGAGAGCACUACAGCGGUGCGACGAGAGCCCGACAGCACAUCCAGUCCACCACUGCCAUUGAAAGCAACGAAGCUAAGUCUGUCGAUGGGACAGUGACCCUGAUGCAACCCCCAGUGACACCGGCAAGCAGGAGAGAAUCAGGACACACCUCCCCUGGAGCAGUGUCAGUGUCAGGGCAGACCCCGGCAGAGGGAGGCAAUGAGGGCACGUCCUUGGGUGCCGGGAUACCAGGGGGCAGCCUGGUCACUGCUGGCCAGCCCGGGGUACUAGGAGGGGAGGGAAUCACAGGUCAACCUGGAGUCCGGCAGAACACUGGACCAACAAGCAGCCCAGGGCCAGUUUCUGCUGGCGUGGGGGUGAACACUCCCACAGGGAACCCAGGGCUAAUAACCGGCAGCCCCGGGAUUCACACUAAGGACCCCCAGUAUGGCCGGCCAGGUCUGGCCACCACGGAAGUCCCUGGAGAACCUGGGGUCCACAGGUUGACCACCUCUACUAGAUCCCCACAUGAGAGAGUGACUGGAGACACAGCGCUCAUCAAGGGGAGGACAACCACUCUGGGCCUGCUGUCCGCCUUCCCUCCCCCAGCCUCUGGCGUGACUGUCACCCAGGAAAUGUACAACGAGCUGGGGACCCGAGUGACUGGAAAUCCUGGAGUCAGGCCCCUGACCCCCGAUGCCAACAAGCCAGGCCUCAGAACCGUCUCGCCCGUACCUACCUCAGGGGCUACGAGGGGUCACGUGGAUGUGUGGAAAGAGCAGAGUGGAGCAACAGCAGAACCCACUCUGAGCAUGCCCACCACCUGGCAGGAUGUGCCGUUGCUUCCCAGGAGGCUGUGCAUGCAGGGCCAGUUCACCUGCAGGCUGUUCGGCUGUGUGGAUGCCAUGUUCGUGUGCGACGGGCAAAGAGACUGUCUGGAUGGGUCUGAUGAGGAACACUGUGGUGGUCUUUCCUCGUCUCCUGUCCCCACUGCCAAAAUUCCCCCUGGGAUACUGCCCACCCGUGAGUCCAGCCCCUGCUCCACUAAGCAGUUCCUGUGCUUGAGCGGGGAGUGCAUUCACCUAGACAGGAAGUGUGACCUGCAGAGUGACUGCCAGGAUGGCUCAGACGAACAGGGCUGUGUGGACUGCAUCGUGUCACCCUGGGGCCAGUGGAGCGAGUGCAGUCAGAGCUGUGGUCUGGGCUCUUUGUUCCGGCAGCGUGAGGUGCUGAGGGAGGCACAGCCAGGGGGAGUUUGUAACACAAUUCUGUUUGACAGCAGAGCCUGCUUCACACAGGCCUGUCCAGCGAGCGGUCAUUGGACGGAGUGGAGCGAGUGGUCAGCCUGCGAUGCAGAGUGCAGCGGAGGGGUGAGGUUGCGGGACAGGAGCUGCUCGAACCCACCCCCAAAGAACAGAGGCCUGGCGUGUGAGGGAGAGGCUGUCCAGACAGAGUUCUGCAACCUGCAGCCUUGCAACCACACCACUGCAACUGUUCAAGGCUGUGCUUCAGAUAUGGUAUAUGUGACAGAGGAAGACUGUGAAGCAGGCUCUUUGGAUCCCUGUCCCCUUUCCUGCAGGGACCUCAGUGCUGAAGCUAACUGCUCUGCACAGUGUGUGGCAGGGUGUCGUUGUCCUCCUGGCCUGUAUCUCCAGUGGGGGCACUGUGUCAAUGCCAGUCAAUGUCUCUGCUACUGGAACAAUGAGAUUCGGCAGCCGGGAGAGUCUUUCAGCAGGAGCAACUGCAGCCAAUGCAUGUGUCUUGAGGGGCAUGUCUCCUGUGAUGACUCGCAGUGCCCCGUGAACUGUGAUUGGUCAGCCUGGUCGCCAUGGACACCCUGUGACAGUAGGUGUGGUGUGGGAAUUCAGGAGCGCUACAGGUCUCCCUCAAACCCACCAGCUCUGAAUGGAGGCUCUCCCUGCUCUGGGGACUCGGUGGAGGCACGCGAGUGUCACAGCGACUGCCCGACAGGCUUGGAGUUGCCAGGACAGCAGUGGAGUGAGUGGACACCUUGGUCUCAGUGCAGUAAAAGCUGCUUCCUUCAUGUUGAUAACGUGGGUGUGAGGAGGAGGUUCAGAUCCUGUAACGAUACCACGGGCGAUGUCUGCUCCGGAGCGGCUGAGGAACAGGAGCUGUGUGCUACCCUGCCCUGCCCAGUGCCGGGAGGGUGGAGCGGCUGGUCUUCCUGGUCCAGCUGUACCUCUGAUUGCGACUCUGGGGUCCAGACCAGAAACAGGAGAUGCACUGCUCCCCUCCCUAAACACGGAGGGGUGGAUUGUCCUGGGCCACACAUCCAGACCAGAGACUGCAACACACAGCCCUGCCAAGAUGCCUGUCCGGACAACAUGGUUUAUCAGAGUGUGGAGGAGUGCCAGCGCUCAGGCGGGGGCUGUCCGAGGAUGUGUCUGGACCUCACUGCCAGCGUGGAAUGUGCCACGGCCUGCUACGAAGGCUGCUACUGCACAGAGGGGCUGUACCUGCAGAACGACUCCUGUGUGCCCCUCAACCAGUGCUGGUGUUACCAUCUGGGGCAGCUCCACCCUCCAGGCACCACUCUGCUAUGGGACUCAUGUAACAACUGCACAUGUUCUCAAGGCAAGAUGGUCUGUGGAACAAUACCUUGUCCAAUGGACUGUGGCUGGAGCACAUGGACUCAGUGGAGCUCCUGCAGUAAGACCUGUGACGUGGGCACCAGGAGGCGCUACCGCUCUGGAACCAAUCCACCAGCAGCGUUCGGGGGGCGGGAAUGCCCUGGCUCCAGUGUUGACAUGGACUUCUGUAGCCUGCAGUCCUGCAAGGGUGUGUGGAGUGAGUGGGCCUCCUGGUCUGAAUGCUCAGUUCCCUGUGGAGGUGGCUACAGGAAUCGAACCCGCGUCGGUACAGGCUCACGCAGCAGCGAAUACGCAAGCUGCAACGUGUUGCCCUGCGGUAACGUGUCCAGUUGCCCCAGUGACCGGCAGUGGAAGGCAUGUGCGGACUAUCAUGUGACCUGCACUGACCUCUCCCUGGACUCUGUGAACAAGACCUGCGAACCAGGCUGCUACUGCCCUGAGGGGACUCUACUGCAGAACGUGGAGUGUGUCCCUGUGUCCGAGUGCCAGUGUGUUGAGAAUGGGGAACAGUUUUCUCCAGGGGAUAUUGUGAGGAGGGACUGCAACAACUGUUCUUGUGUGGAUGGGAGGAUUACAAACUGCACUCAACUCAGCUGUGACGUGAAUGGCCAGUGGUCCGAAUGGACUCCGUGGAGCGAGUGUUCUGUCACCUGUGGGACUGGACUGCAGAAUCACUACCGGUUCUGUGCCAGCCCAGCUCGGUCAGGGAGCGGACUGCCCUGCAUCGGACCUGACAGGGAGGACCAGAUCUGCAACACUGCUCCCUGUGCACUAAGCGGAGGCUGGAGUGGGUGGAGUAACUGGACGGAGUGCACCAAGUCAUGUGGCGGGGGUGUUCGGAGCCGCAGUCGGGAGUGUGACAGCCCAACCCCUGGCGGAGAUGGGGAUUAUUGCGAGGGUCCCAGCUCUGAGGUCAGCUCCUGCCACUCACACGACUGCCCAGCGGUGGACUGUUCCUCCAUCGAUGGUUCUGUGUUCAGCAGCUGUGGCCCGUCCUGCCCUCGGUCCUGUGAUGACAUCUCGCAUUGUGUGUGGAGCUGUGAGCCGGGCUGUUACUGCAGUAGUGGGAAGGUGCUGAAUAAGAACGGGUCGGCCUGUGUGGAGCGGCAGGACUGCACCUGUCUGGACCUGCGCACAGGGGAGCGCUUCCUGCCAGGAGAGACCGUCCCGCGAGCCGACGGCUGCAACAACUGUACCUGUGUGAAGGGGAAGCUGGUCUGCACUAAUGUUCCCUGUGCCGUGUCCGGUGGCUGGUGCGAGUGGUCAGGCUGGACUCCAUGUUCCAGGACCUGUGGGAUGGAGAUGGUGACUCGCUAUCGGAGCUGCUCCUGCCCUGCACCCCAGAACAAAGGAGCGGAGUGUGAGGGGGUACAUGAACACCACGCGGACCUCGGGGUGCAGAUCGAGAGGAAACAGUGCCCCUCUGUCUCCUUCUGUCCAGUUCAUGGGUCCUGGAGUUCAUGGGGUCCGUGGUCCCUUUGUGAUGGCUGUGAGGGGACGUCUGUCCGGACUAGGGAGUGCAACAGCCCCCCCGCAAGGUUUGGAGGACUGCCCUGCCAUGGAGAGGUGCGACAGAGCCGAGGCUGCCAUGACAACGAAACUGUCUGCUCAGAGUGUGGAGGAGGACUGGAGGAGUUCCCUUGUGGGAAGCCUUGUCCUCGCUCCUGCAGUGAUUUCCAUAGUGACAUGGUGUGUGAGGACAGCGGCGAGUGCCAGCCCUCCUGCGGCUGCCCCGGACAGCAGGUCCUCCAGGAUGGGGAAUGCGUGUCUCCGUCUCAGUGCCGCUGCAAAUACCAGAACAACACAGCCGGCAUGCCUGAGACAGGGAAUGGUACCUGGGUGUGGCCGGGCUCCACGCUCUGGGAGUACAGCGAGCCAGGGGAGACCAUUCAUACCGCCUGCCAAAACUGUACCUGUGACAGUGGACACCUGCACUGCAAGGCCGACCCUGCCUGUCGACUGGACGGCAGCUGGAGUCCCUGGGGGGCAUGGUCUCCCUGCUCUGAGAGCUGUGGGAAUGGGACUCAGUACCGGUUCCGAGAGUGCAGUAACCCCACCCCUCAGAAUGGGGGGAGGGGCUGUCCAGGAGAGGUGGAGCAACAGAGGGACUGUAACUCCCAGCUCUGUGGAGAUUCCAGUCCUUGGUGGGAGUGGUCUCCGUGGCUGGAGUGCACUGUCACCUGCGGGGGAGGGGAGCAGAUUCGAACCCGCUCCUGCCGUUUCCCAGACUGCCCUGGGCUCUCCCAACAGAGCAAGAUGUGCAACACUCAAGUGUGCCUUGAGGUGGGCUGCCCUCCAGAUCGUCUGUACCGCGAGUGUCUCCUGGGUGAGGGGUGUCCCUACAGCUGUGCCCACGUGAGCGGACAGAUGGAGUGCUUCAGCGAGAGCUGUGAGGAGGGCUGCCACUGUCCUAUCGACACCUUCUUUCACAAUGGCUCCUGCAUUACGGAGUGCCCCUGUGUGCUGGACCAAGAGACCCUGCAGCAGAUGCAGAAUCACUCUGUGAAUGCUUCUGCCUCCCCGGCCCCUCUGACCGCUCAGGGGGCCGCAUUGACCCUCGGAGAUGAGCUUCCUCCAGGAGAGGCCCUCUAUCACGGGUGCAGCUCCUGUGUGUGUCAGCACAGCCGAUGGAACUGUUCCUUGUCCUCCUGUCCCCUGGACGGGGGCCUCUCUCCCUGGGGCCCUUGGGGACCCUGCUCCUUGACCUGUGGAGGCCUGGGCCACAGGACCCGCACUCGAGACUGCACCGAACCGGCACCGGUCCACGGGGGCAAGGACUGUGCCGGAGCGAGAGAGGAGGUGAUGUACUGCCAGACGCCUGACUGCCCAGCUGUCACACAUCCCACAGAGGAGCCCACUGGCCCAGAGCCCAGCGAUGGUUUCGGUCCCUGGACCAGUUGGAGCCCCUGCUCCCAGUCCUGCUCUGACACCAGGAACCCAGCCCUGAAGACUCGAACCCGGGUGUGCGAACGCAGAGAUAACUGCACUGGAGAGGGCUUCCAGGAGAGAGCCUGCAACUUGCAGCAGUGUGCCACCACCGGUGUUGAGGACUGUCAGGGCGAGGACUGUGCUAGUAGGAACUGCUCCUGGAACCCGUGGGCAGACUGGGGGGAGUGUUCCAGGUCCUGUGGUGUCGGGCAGCAGCAGCGCAUCAGGACCUUCCUCUCUCCUGGUGUCAAUGGGAGCUGGUGUGAUGACAUCCUGGGAGGAAACAUUGAGACAAGGUUCUGCAAUAUCCGUGCCUGCCGCGUUAAUGGUGGCUGGUCUCGUUGGAGCCCCUGGUCGUGGUGUGACAGGAAGUGUGGUGGUGGGAAGUCCAUUCGAACCCGAUCCUGCUCUAGCCCCCCACCCAAGAAUGGAGGCAACAACUGCGAGGGGGAGAAGAACCAAGUGAAAAUCUGCAACAGCAAACCCUGUGAUGGAGAGGGCUGCCCCUCUGGUCUUGAGUUUGUGGACUGUGCCAACCGCUGCCCGCGACACUGCUCGGACCUGCAGCAGGGCAUCACCUGCCAGGACAGCACAGAGUGCCAGCCAGGCUGCAGGUGCCCUGCAGGUUACCUAGAGCAGGAUGGCGCCUGUGUGCAGCCCUGGCAGUGUGAGUGUGCAGAUGCACUGGGGCACAGCUGGGCACCAGGAAGCUCCCUGGGGCAGGAUUGUAAUAACUGCACCUGUGCCGAGGGGCGUAUAUCUUGCACCAACCUGACCUGCUCCGCUGCCGACUGCGGCUGGAGCUCCUGGUCCACAUGGUCAAUCUGCAGUGUGUCCUGCGGAGCCGGCAGACGAACACGAUUCCGGUCCUCCACCUCAGGUUCGAAUGACAGGGAGUGCCAGAAGGAGCAGGCCCAGACAAGACCAUGUGACCCAGGACCCUGCCCACCCCUGUGUCUACAUGACAACCAGGAGCUCCUCCUGGGAGCCACCUGGCUGGUGGGAGAGUGUCAGCAGUGCAUCUGUACCCCGGAAGGAGUUUACUGUCAGGACAUUGAGUGCAGAGUGGACGGCGGCUGGACCCCGUGGUCGCUCUGGUCAGACUGUCCGGUCACCUGCGGAGGAGGAACGCAGAUCCGCACCAGAGCCUGCAUCAACCCUCCACCACGAAACCAUGGCUCUGCCUGCGAGGGGCCAGAGAGAGAAGCACAGGAGUGUGGGACCCAGCCCUGCCAAGAGGACCUUUGCCCCUGGUCACCCUGGUCUCCCUGCUCUCAGAGCUGUGGGACAGGCCUGGUCUCCAGGGAGAGGAGCUGCAGCUGUGAGGAAGGGGAUUCUGAAGAGAACACUUGCCCACCAGAGAGCCAGAGAGAGGAGACACAACCCUGCUACAACCAGCCCUGCCAAGACUGCCCUUUGAGUGCAUGGAGUGAGUGGACUGGCUGCUCCUGCACCUCCCAGCUGCAGCACCGCUACCGGACACCUCUUCCUCCCACCUACAAAGGGCAGCAUUGUGAGGGGCUGGAGACACAGUCCAGAGCCUGUCCAUCCGGAGACUGUGAGGACUGCGUCUCCCCGUUCCAAUUCAGUGAGUGUGGCUCCCCCUGUGAGAAGCUGUGCUCCACAGUGGAAGAGAAGGGUCACUGUGUCAGCCAGCAGGACUGUGUGCCGGGCUGUUACUGCCCUGAGGGUCUCCUGGCGCAGAACGACACAUGUGUCCCUGCAGCUCAGUGCGGCUGUCUUCACCUCCUGCACCCCGAGAACGGAGGGGCGCCCAUUGCAGUCAACGUCCAGCAGGGGGAAAUAGUGGUGUCUGGAUGCAGGAUCUGUGUGUGCCAGGAUGGAGAAAUGCAGUGUGACUUCGACAGCUGUGAAGUGACGCUGAGCGAGUGGUCGGAGUGGACUCCCUGCUCCCCUUGCCUCUCAUCGGAUGCUCUGGGCCGCAGUAUGGUGGCCCUGCUGCUUUCCAGGCCUGAGGACACUGAUAAAGGGACAGACACCUCUCUGGUAUCAGUGCAGCGGCGGUACCGAGCCUGUCUGGACCUGGACACUGGACUCCCUGUGAGUGAAGAGUUUGCACGCUGCGCUGGGGAGCUGGAGCAGGAAAGGCUGUGUCUUGACACCACGCUGUGCGAGGAUUUGUGCCAGUGGAGCCCCUGGAGCGUGUGCAGAGAGCCCUGCAGCGGGGGCUUCCAGCAGCGACAGAGACACCCGCAAAACACAAAGGUGGGGCACACCUGCCAGGGACCCCAAUUCCAGUCUCAGAGCUGCAACACCGCACUCUGCCCAGGAGAGCACUGCGAGGACCGUGGGAAGGCGUUCCUGGUGUCCUGUGCCAAUCAGUGCCCCCGGACAUGUGCAGACCUGUGGGAUCAUGUGCAGUGUCUGCAAGGAGCCUGUCGCCCAGGAUGCCGGUGUCCAGAGGGAUGGCUGUUGCAGGAUGCCUCCUGUGUGCCGGUGUCAGAGUGCCGCUGCGGGCUGCCCACCAUCAACGGGACCCUGGAGUUCCAACCAGGAGAGGACGUGCAGAUCGACUGCAAGAAUUGCACCUGUGUGAACGGUUCGUUCAGCUGCACUGAAGAGGAGUGUCCUUCCUACAGCCCCUGGAGCACGUGGAGCGAGUGCUCGGUGAACUGCGGAGCAGGGGAGUGGACGAGAAACAGGACCUGUAAGGAGACCCCGAGCAGCCAGCCCUGCACUGCUGAGACUGUCCAGCAAGAGGCAUGCCAGCUAGCAGCCUGUCCUGUGAGCUGUGUGGUGAGCGAAUGGUCAGCCUGGAGCAAGUGUAGUGCCACCUGUGGAGGAGGAGUGUCACUGCGCAAUAAAACUGUGCUCCAGCCAGCGGAGCACGGUGGCCAGGACUGUCCAACGCCACUGAUAAUGCAGAGAGCGUGCAACUCACACAACUGCACACCAGAGUGCCCAGGUACCCUGGUGUUCAGCAACUGUUCCAAUGCGUGCCCUCGCUCCUGCACUGACCUGCUUCAGGGUACAGAGUGUCUGCAGGAGCCAUGUGAGGAGGGCUGUGCCUGCCCAACUGGACAGGUGCUGCUGGAGGAGGAGUGUGUGUCCCCCGAGGAGUGUCCCUGUGCUGUGCUUGCCUUGUCACUCCCCUGGACCCUUAACAUGACUCUAGAGGAGAGGAGCAGGGCCUUCCCCCCAGGCACCACCAUCUACCAUCAGUGCAACAACUGUACUUGCCAGAGUGGCUCCUUCACUUGUUCAGAAGACCUCUGUGAUGUGGACUGCCAGUGGUCUGACUGGUCUGAAUGGACGCCGUGUUCCGUGAGCUGUGGGACUGGUGUCCUGCUGUCCAGCCGUGUCCAGACCCUGCAGCGCCAGUACAACGGGAAGGACUGUGAGGGGUCCAGCCAGCGCAGACAGCUCUGUGUGCUGCCAGACUGCGAGUGCCCACUGGGACAGCGUUGGAGAAGAGCCACAGAGGAAACGCCAGUGUGUGAACGGACCUGUCAAGAGAUGUACGACGACGCUCCCCAGAACUGCAGCACCCCCAGUGGCAGGGAGGGCUGUGUGUGUGAGGCAGGCUGGUACAGGAACAGCAACGGAGACUGUGUGACUGCAGCACACUGCGAGUGUGUCGACGGGGGACACAUUUACCAGGCUGGUCAGCAGUGGACAGACGGCUGUGGUAGGUGUCUCUGCGAGAAUGGGAGGAAGGUUUGUGAGGUCGGCUGUCCGCCCCUUGUCUGUGUUGAGGGGCAGGUGAAGGUCGAGGAGCCUGGCAGCUGUUGUCCUGUGUGUAGGAAGGAGUUUACAGGUUCAGGACAGCCCUCAUCGGCCUGCCAGCGCUACACUGAGAUCAAGAACAUCACCAAGGGAGACUGUCACCUUGACAACGUGGAAGUCAGCUACUGCAGUGGCCAUUGUCUGUCCAGGAUCCUCGUCAUCCUUGAGGAGCCAUACCUGCAGUCCCUGUGUGACUGCUGCAGUUAUCUCCUGGAUCCAGAGAGCCCUGUGCGUUUGCUGAGUCUGCAGUGUGAAAGUGGAGAGACAGAGUCCAUUGUACUGCCUGUGAUCCACAGCUGUGAGUGCAGCCGCUGCCAGGGAGGAGACUCUUCCAUGCGCUGAUGUUUCACGGAGGGGACGACAAAGAAAGCCUGUGCUUUGUAAACUCUCUGAGCUCCUCUGCUUUCCUGCUGAGAGGCCUGUCUGUCUGAGAAUAAGUGCGCAGUAGUCUGUGUAGUCAUUAUAUGACUGGACCUUGUUAUAGUAUUUUUUAAGAACCCUAGGAGAUGUCUAUCCUGUACAGUUUUGCAUUUCUAAUAAAUAUUAA